UAGGACUCCCCUGGAAAUCGAUUCCGCGGCGCCUUAGUUCCGCGAGCCCCGGGAGCGCAUCUGGCCUUCCCCUGCCGUGUGCUAUAGUUGUGGGGACCGGUUGGGAGAGAUCUCUCCGAUAGUGCGUUAUCCUCUCAACGGACCUGACCCUAACGCGAUCUCGAAAGCUCAGGACUCCUCUCAGCUGCCUCAUGGCAGUCCCAGGUUGCAACAAGGACAAUGUCCGAGCAGGCUGCAAAAAAUGUGGCUACCCUGGUCAUCUGACUUUUGAGUGCCGCAAUUUUCUCCGGGUCGACCCGAAAAGGGACAUUGUGUUGGACGUCAGUAGCACAAGUAGUGAGGACAGCGAUGAAGAAAAUGAGGAACUGAACAAAUUGCAGGCUCUACAAGAGAAAAGAAUAAAUGAAGAAGAGGAGAAGAAAAAGGAAAAAAGCAAGGAGAAAAUUAAAUUGAAGAAAAAGAGGAAAAGGUCUUAUUCCAGCUCCUCUGAAGAGGACUCUUCAAAGCAAAAGAAACAGAAGUAUCAGAAAAAAGAAAAGAAAAAAGAAAAAAAGAACAAAUCAAAAAAAGGAAAACAUCACAAAAAGGAAAAAAAGAAGAGAAAAAAGGAAAAACGUUCUUCCCCUAACCGUUCUGAAUUCACCAGAAAGUAACCGAAUCUCUGGCCUCUCUCAGGAAAUUGAAGAAUUCAAUAUUUUUAAUUAUUGUACCUUCCUUGGAAUCGCUAUAUAAUAACACUUUGCAGCAUAUCCCAGCCUCUUCCCUAAAGACAUUUUUCACAUGUUGGGACCCUUAUCUCUGCCCAUUGGUAUUAAAUCCAUCUUGUUAAUUGACAACCAUGCCUCAAGUAUAGAUAUUUGUACACGCAAAGCACAUCGUUUUGGGUAUUUGUGUGUCUGUGUGUUAGGCUAGCGUCGUCACUUCCUAAGUUAACUGCUACAUGGCUUUACGACAGUCAAACCAAGUAAUCUACACAGCAGCUACUAAAUGGCGUCCUUCCAGUGACGUUCUGGGUUGGUGGUAGUGGUUUGCUCUUGAUACUGAGGAGUUUAAUAGCUUUAUUAUCUACUGUGUAAUGUAUAAAGAUAGUGAAGUUCUUCACUGUUGUUUUUAAAUCUCUCGACUUUUUAAAUAAUAUCAUUGAAGAUAAAACUGCUUUACUGAUCUUAUGUUUUUAAAUGAAUGGGAUCUAUAAGAUAAUAAUGAAAGUAUUUGUAACAAGUGUCAAUGUUUUAUGAAAUGCAUGUUCCUAGCACAUGCCUCCCGUGUUUUUAUAACAAUUAAAAUAUCCCCCUUUUAAAGAGAAUCACUUAGCUUACUAGAAAGUCUGGCAGGGAGUUUCUGUGCUGGUCAGGACUAUUAGGUUGAUACACACAUGUGCCAUAUUGGCAUGUCUUACGGUGAUACCUCAAACACAGAACUUUUUGUGUGGAAACAGCAAAAUCAUCAUUAAAGCUGAUUUUUAUUCUAUCUAGUGUAUUUGAUGCUUACAUAUGUAUUGUGACAGUUUUUAUGAAUGCUUGCUUAUAUAUUUAUUUUUUCUGAAAUGAUUUUGAAGUGAGUUUCACCCUGAACUUAUGACUUCGUGAAGAGCCAUUGUUGAUAUUUCCUCCUUCACUUCAGUCACAAAUGGAAGCACUGCAAAAAAAAUAAAAUCAAGAAUUUCAUUCUGUACUUUUUAAAAUAAAAGCCUUGAGCAUAGCAUCAUGAAAGCCUUUGUAUAAUAAUGAAAUUUAUAUAUAAAUAAGUGUUUUCAAUGACAUGUUAAUAGAUAAUGUCUUUUAUUUUUAAUUUUAUGGUCAGCAGUGUAGUGUAUUUUAACAUCUAAUAUUCACAAAUCCAACAAGUUAACUUAUGCUGUAAAAGCAUUAAACCAACCCGCUAACUUGGAUCAGCACCAAAGUUUCUAAGUACCUUACUAUGGUGCACUUAUAUAUCUUCAAAUUGGUAAGUAGAGAUGUGGCUGCAGGCGAAUUUAUUACAUAAGAACACUUGGUCUUGCAGGCUGGAGAGUUCUUCCCUUGCCCUGCACCCAAACUGGCAUGCCCUGGUCAGACCUGGGGCCUCGUAGGUCCCAUACAUAUCCUCCCCUCGCUCUGCUCAGCUUCCGCAGAGGCUACACCCACACCCUUCCCAGCACUGCUUCCGUGAAGCGUGCGCAGCUUCAGCUUUUCCACAAAGCAAUUGCUCUCUUGGCCCAUAAGAAGUUGUUUUGCUUAGAGUUUUGUCAGUUGUUAGGACUAAAGCACAGAACUUUUAGAUUUUUAAGGAUUCAUUUGUCUACAUCAAUUUUGUGAAAAUUCAGUUCUUUGGUUAUCUGA